AUGACGGAGGGGAUGUAUCUGCGGAGGCGAGGGGGUCCUCACAAGACCGAACCAGCCACAGAUCUGAGCCGCUGGAGGCUGACUAAUGUGGAGGGCAGGCAGACCUGGUGCUACGUGGAAGACCAGGACACCCCAGACAGAGAGCAGAGCAUGCUGGAAGCCCAUUCUCUAGGACUGGACACUAGUAAGUUUGUGGCCGACUCUCCUGCCGUCCACACUGCUGUGGAUGCUGCUGUGAAAGGAAUGAACUUCUACAGUCGCCUCCAAGGAGAGGAUGGCCACUGGGCAGGGGACUAUGGUGGACCUCUCAUCCUGCUCCCAGGUCUCCUCAUCACGUGUCACACGGCUAAGAUCCCUCUGCCUGAGGCCUGGAAAAAGGAGAUGGUGAGGUACCUGCGCUCGGUUCAGCUGCCAGAUGGAGGCUGGGGUCUACAUAUUGAAGAUAAGUCUACUGUGUUCGGCACUGCACUGAACUACACCUCAUUGAGGAUCCUGGGAGUGGAUCCUGAUGACCCAGAUAUGGUUCGUGGCAGGAACAACCUCCAGAGCAAAGGUGGUGCUGUUGGGAUUCCUUCACCGGGUAAAUUCUGGUUGUCUAUUUUAAACGUCUACAGCUGGGAGGGGAUGAACACAUUACUACCAGAGAUGUGGUUGUUCCCCACUUGGAUGCCAGCCCACCCCUCCACCCUGUGGUGUCACUGUCGUCAGGUCCUCCUCCCCAUGAGUUUCUGUUACGCUGUCAGGCUGACUGCAGAGGAAGACCUCCUGGUUUUCAGCCUCAGACAGGAGCUGUAUGUCCAGGAUUAUUCCACCAUUAACUGGCCUGCCCAGAGGAACAAUGUGGCAUCAUGUGACAUGUACACACCUCACAGCACACUGCUGACUUUCACCUACAUGGUUUUGAACGUGUACGAAGCUCACCACAGCACCACACUGAGAGAAAAGGCUGUUAAAGAGCUGUACGAACACAUUCAGGCUGAGGACCGCUUCACCAAAUAUAUCGGCAUUGCUCAUAUCUCCAAGACUAUCAAUAUGCUGGUUCACUGGCAUGUCGACGGUCCCUCCUCACCAGCUUUUCAGGAGCAUGUGUCCAGGAUCCCUGACUACCUCUGGUUGUUCUCUCUGCACCACCCAGUCAACUGCUCCACCUCAGCCCUGUAUGCAGACUCAUCCCCCCCCAGAGAUGAGUCCCUCACCUGUGGUGUUGUCAGCGGACUUGACAGUGGUGUUACUGUGUUGUGCAGAGGUGGAAUGCGAAAGUCCCAGGUCCCCCAGUUUACCCACCAGUUUAUGAGGGAGGAUGGUAUUGAACGAGGAGCUGUAAUCCACAAAGAGCAUCCGUGUGUAGUUCCCCGCUGCUCCAGUUGGAGCGCUGUGGCUACAGCAUCCUCCGUCGAACUCUUCGCCCUGUAG